AGGUGACUCCUCCACCUAUCCUCUCUCCCCCAUUCCACAUUGCAACAUUAGGGUUCCAGGCUUCCAGCACACGGCGCCGGUUCGAGCUCCAAGAUCCUUGUGUCGCUCCAGUGGCGUUCCAGCACACGGACCAUCUCCGGCGUCCAAUGGCCUCGACCAUCUCCUGAGCCCUCUGACGACUAGAAAUAACGGGUGUGCUCGUCUUCGCCUCCUCUUCAUCUCCAGCGUCUGGCGGCCUCGGCCAUCUCCGGCGUCUGGUUCGAGCUCCAAGCUCCUUGCGUCGCUCUGGUGCCGGUGGAUCGGCGCGGCGAGGGGAUCCGUCCGGGGGUUUGGAUCGGGUUCUUCUCCAUCUCCAUCUUCAUUUGGCCAUGCAUGGAAGGAUUUCAAGUGGAAACUAAAUAUAAAUUACGUCAAGAAGAACAAAACUCCAUUUGAGGACUAUCCAGAACUCAAGAAAGAGUGGUGGCCAAACUUUGUGGAGUGUGUUACCUCUGCUGAGUAUAUUGCUCUAGGAGAAAAGGGCAAGAAAAGCCAAAGCAUGAAUAAGUUCCGUCAAAAACUAGGUCGGCAAAGCUAUACUGUACAAAAGAGAAAAUGGGCAAAGGAAGAUGCACAAGCAUUAACUGAGGGUAAAUCUAUUCCAUUUCAAGACAUGCCAGAUGGUCGUCAUAAGGAUUGGGCAAGGGUGAGGAAUCCUUCUGGUGACGUGAACAUAACAGAGUCGCAUCCAAUCAUAAAGAAAAUUGUAGAUGUAAAUGAAAAGUCAGUAGCUAGUACCUUUACACCAUUUUAUAAUAUGGACAUACUUGCAACAGCAAUAGGGAGUAAUCAUCCAGGGAGGACAACAGGGGUGAGUGCUUAUGUGGGUUUAGGGAUGGGUCUUGCUCAAGGUGAUGGCACUAGUAAGAAGAAACGUAGAACAACAAAAGAAUAUGUCAAGAGGAUUGUGGAUGAGUAUGAGGUCAAGUUUGAGAAACUGACAGCCAUGUGUCAGAGUAUGGAGCGUCGAUUAAACAAUUCUAAGAGUUGCUCAUCAUCAAAAUUUGUUGAUACACCAGACCAUGCAACACAUCAUUCAGUUGACUCAUUACAAGUAACUUCAUCUACUUGUAGCACAUAUUUGUGGUGAUACAAUGAUGUUACUCUGGUGUCUGUUAUUAUUGUUUCCUUCGAUAUGUAGCAUUGUUUUGCAUAUCAUUUUUGUCACACCCGGUUCUGGGGGCAAAAUUGAAUGCAUAGCAUAUGUGGGCCAGGAUCCAUUUCCCACACAUAUGUUGACGUCACAAGUGUAAUAUAUCAAAAGACAAUGCAAUAAAGGCGUAAAGAGAGUAGAGUACUUUAUUACAUC